AAAGUCGGCAUCGUUUUCCAUAGCCAGAAAGCCAUGCGGGAAGUGGCCACCUGGAUCAACCAGACCUCGGGCGAGGGCUGCAGCGGGUUCCUGCCCCCGGGGCGAACCUGGGCUCCCGGAGCCCUCUACGAACUGCUGAGCGCCAAGACGGAGCGUGACUGCACAGCAGCCUUGGGCUUUGCCAUGCACGAGCUGAGCCUGGUGCGGGUGGAGAAGCAUUACCAGCCCUUGCUGCAGCCGCAGCAGAGCGGGAGCCAGCUGGUGGAGGAGCUCUACCUGGGGGACAUUCACACAGAGUGGGCUGAGAGGCUCCACUACCGACCGACUGGGUAUCAGCGACCUAUGCAGAGCGCUGUGCACCACGUGCAUCCUUGCCCAGCCUGUGGGAUUAUAUACCGAGCUGAUGAACACCACCCACCCAUCCUACCAGCCAGAGCUCAGCUGCCAAUGCAGCUCAGCGGCAGCUGGGUGAGCACCCACUGCGAGGUGCGACCUGCUGUGCUUUUCCUUACCAGGUAUUUCAUAUUCCAUGGCAACAACCACACCUGGGAAGGGUAUUACUAUCACUACUCCGACCCGCUCUGCAAACAGCCGACUUUCACCAUCUACGCAUCUGGGCAUUACACCCAAGGCAUCCCCUCCUCCAAAGUGAGAGGUGGGACAGAGCUGGCUUUUAAAGUCACACAGGCUCGGGUGACGCCAAUGGACCAGGUGACAGUGAUGAUGCUGAACUCCUCAGAACCUGGAAGCUGUGGGCUGACAAGCUCUUGGAGUGCUGGGGUGGAGCAGGAUAUAACACCCACAAAUGGAUGUCUGGCUCUGGGCAUCAAGCUGCCCCACACAGAGUAUGAACUUUUCAAAAUGGAGCAAGACACAAAGGACCGCAGCCUGCUGUACGUCGGCGAACGGCCCACGGACGGAUCCAGUCCUGACAGCCCAGACAAGCGACCCACGUCAUAUCAGGCACCUCUGAUCCAGUGUGCUGGAGCGUCAGAGGAAUUCUCUAACUACGUUAGUCUAAAAUACUUGGGAAGAAAGGAUGUUAAUGGGAAUGAAGCACUAAAACCUUUGCCUGUGGCCUUUUUACUGUUUAUAGCACUUCUGUUUUUAAGAUGGGACUAGUUAUCUAUUCAGGUACAGCACAGAAUUCAGAUAGUCUUGGUGCUAGCGUGACCUUUAUAUCCUUCAAAUAAGAAGCACAUCUGGAAUCAGUUUUACUCAGAUUUGGAAACACUUCUUAAAAACACCCAACAAUAGCGAACGAAGCCAAGAAGGUAACGCCUGGCUACAAACUGUUUGUCCUGUGGCGUUACUGCCUCAUCUCCCCUCUUCUUUACGUACAAAUUCAAUGUAGUGACAUGGAUACGCUGCACAUUGCAAUAGAUAAUUCAGCAAUAUGAGGGGGGGGGAAAAGCUACAUCAGUUACAAUUUCUGCUUGGAGCUUUUGACAUUGCUAAGAUUUAAUCAAGAGCUUGAUUCAGACAUAAUUCAAACAUCCAAAGUGUCGGCUGCUGAGUUUCUUUGAGGUUAAGUUCACUCCCAUCAUACUCCUUAUUGCUGUUCUUGCAAAUUUG